AUGCACUUUUUCCAGCAAAACACAAAAAAACUAAAUGCUCCUUUCGGUUCAGCGAGCGGACCAAAAGUUAGCCAUUGUAUAGCUCACCUUUUAAUAGCCGAUAAUAACUCGAAACAGCAUUUUUUAAUAGAUACCGGCGCAGACGUUUCCGUUCUACCAGCUCGUCGCUUUGCUAAACAAAAAACGACGAAAACGACACAAUUAUUUACAACCAACGGUACUCCCAUAAGGACAUAUGGCGAAAAACGUUUAAAAGUAUCCUUGAAUUUAAGACGCGAUUUUAUUUGGACAUUUAUAGUAGCGGACGUUAACAGUGUCAUCAUUGGAUCUAGUUUUUUAAAACACUUCGGUCUUUUAGUUGAUGUAAAAGGUAGUAAACUUAUUGAUCGAAAAACGCUACUUGAGGUAAAUGGCAUUGCAACUCAAUCUAAUGCGGUUCAAGUACGAGCACAUUCUACUCAGGGACAUUACGCUCAGUUACAACACGAAUUUAAAGACUUAGCGAUAAUUAAUGCGAAUAAGCAGCCAAUUACCACCAAAGUGACGCACCAUAUUACUACGAAGGGUCCUCCAAUAUACGCUCGUGCUCGUCGGAUAACCGGAGAGAAGUUAAUUGCAGCAAAAAAGAAAUCGGAAUUUUUAAUAAAAAAGAAAUCAAACGGUGAAUGGCGUCCUUGUGGAGACUAUCGUGCAUUAAAUGAUAUAACGAUUGCAGAUAGAAACGCCAUACAAACUUUUCAACGCCAAAUAAACGAGGUUCUAAAAGGUCUCGAUUUCAUAUUUGCAUAUAUAGAUGACAUACUCAAAGCAUCGAACUCAGAGGAGGAGCAUGAAAAGCAUCUACGAAUUGUACUGGAACGCCUUCGUCUAGUAAACUUGGCUGUAAACUUUGGAAAAUGUCAAUUUGGUAAGCAUGAACUAAUUUUUUUGGGGCAUAACAUCAGCACACGGAGUAUAAAGCCAUCUGAAGAAAAAGUGAAUGCUGUACGUAAUUUCCCAAAAACUAAAAUAGCUAAACAGCUUAAAACAUUUUUUGGAAUGAUAAAUUUCUAUCGCUCAUGCAUUCCCAAAGCGACGAAAAAUCAACAAAUAUUACAACAAUUAAUAUUUGAAAAUGCGUUCGAAGAAUGCAAGAGCGAACUUGCUAAUGCCACGCUAUUGAAUUUCAUGGCUCCAAAUACGAAACUUACGUUCACCACGGAUACAUCGGACGAGGCAGUCGGUUCAGUAUUGCAACAAGUUGCAAAAAACCAAGUACAACCUCUCGGGUUUUAUUCGAAGAAACUCACGCCUCCUCAGAAAAAUUACAGCGCCUACGAUCGUGAGUUAACAGCAAUAUAUCAGGAAAUAAAACAUUUCAAAUAUGUUCUUGAAGGUAAAGAAUUCGUAACUUGCUUUCAAGAAUCGACUUGGUACAGAAUGUGGUUAUAA